GCAUAAAUGUGGUAGCAUUUAAACUACUCAUUCACAUACAUGCCAGACUCUACUAGCCUCCAUUAAUAUCUUCUUGGCUCAUCCUUGUUACCUUUUCGUGAUAAAAAGUUUUACAAUUUGGGGUAUAAGUAGUUGUUAUUGAGAUCGAUGGAGGGUGUGCUAAAGAAAUGGUUGUGGGUAGUUUGCGUGGCGUUUCUGGUGUUGCAUGGAAAAAUAGCUGCUCAACAGGUUCCGUGCUACUUCAUUUUUGGAGAUUCAUUGGUGGAUAAUGGGAAUAAUAAUCAGCUUUCUUCUUUGGCUAGAGCUGAUUAUUUGCCUUAUGGUAUUGACUUCGCUGGCGGUCCGAGUGGAAGGUUUUCUAAUGGCAAAACCACAGUGGAUGAGAUUGCUCAGCUUUUGGGGUUCAGAAACUACAUUCCUCCCUAUGCAACCGCAAGGGGUCGACAAAUACUUGGAGGAGUAAAUUAUGCAUCUGCAGCCGCUGGAAUCAGAGAGGAAACUGGACAACAAUUGGGAGAUCGCAUUACUUUUAGUGGUCAAGUAAGAAACUACCGAAAUACUGUUUCUCAAAUUGUGAACUUGCUAGGGGGCGAGGACGCAGCGGCAGAUUACUUGAAACAGUGCAUAUUUUCCAUUGGAUUAGGCAGCAAUGAUUAUCUUAACAAUUACUUCAUGCCCCAAUUCUACUCAUCCAGUAGGCAAUAUACACCGGUGCAGUAUGCUGAUGUUCUUAUCCGGCAGUACACUGAGCAACUAACGAAUUUGUACAACUAUGGAGCAAGAAAGUUCGCGUUAAUUGGAGUAGGUCAGAUAGGGUGCAGCCCAAGCGAACUGGCUCAAAAUAGUCCAGAUGGUAGAACAUGUGUCCAAAGAAUUAACUCUGCCAAUCAAAUUUUCAACAGCAGACUCAGAUCUCUUGUUGAUCAAUUCAAUGGCAACACACCUGAUGCAAGAUUUAUCUACAUCAAUGCUUAUGGUAUUUUCCAAGAUCUGAUUAACAACCCUUCUAGAUAUGGUUUUAGGGUAACGAAUGCUGGGUGCUGUGGUGUGGGAAGAAACAACGGUCAAAUUACAUGUCUACCUUUCCAAACUCCAUGCCAAAAUAGGAACCAGUAUUUGUUUUGGGAUGCAUUUCACCCUACCGAGGCAGCCAAUGUAAUUAUUGGAAGAAGAUCUUACAGUGCUCAAUCUGGGUCGGAUGCUUACCCGUUUGAUAUCCGCCGGUUGGCCCAAGUCCGACUCUUCUCUCCUUAUUCUGUUUUUUUCUUUUUCUUUUUUCACUCAAAUGCUUGCAUAGUUAUAUUUUUUUCUAAAUAUUUUUCAUCAGUGAUGGCUCGGCAAUCACAAGUAUGUUGGUUGGUCUUUGUUGUAUUAAUUUUUCUGAACUUGUCAAUAAGUUGUAUUAAUGCACAACAAGUGCCUUGUUAUUUCAUUUUUGGGGACUCAUUUGCUGCUAAUGGCAACGACAAUGACCUCGACACUUUUAAAGCCAAUUACUUGCCAUAUGGUAUUGAUUUUCCUGAUGGUUCUACAGGAAGGUUCAGCAAUGGCAAAACCAUGGUCGAUAUUAUUGCUGAAAAAAUUGGGUUUAAGGAUUACAUUCCACCUUUCAAGAAAGUUGGUAAUGGCUCAGAAAUUCUCAAAGGUGCAAAUUAUGCAUCUGCUGGAGCAAUAGUACAAGCAGACAUUGCAGGAAGCGAGGUUACCGCGAUUAGCCUCAGUCAACAAGUUAGAAACCACCAAAAAGUAGUCCGACGCAUUAACAAUUUGUUAGGCAACAAAAACAAGACUAGAAAAUACCUUCAGAAAUGCUUAUAUUCAGUUGGAAUUGGUAGCAAUGAUUAUCUGUUAGACUACUAUACACCUCAAAAUAAUGGGUCAGAACCACUACGCAAAUCCCCAUCAGAGGCAUAUGCAGAGAGCCUAGUUGAUGCUCACUUGUUCAAUCGCUUGAAUGCAUUGUACAAAGCUGGAGCAAGGAAAAUUGUACUGUUUGGCUUGCCACCAUUGGGUUGCAGCCCAGCUGCAGUUAGAAUGUAUGACACACAUCAACACUGUAUCUCUGUCAUUGACACAGAUGCUCAUAUCUUCAACAGCAGGCUGCAAAUUUUAGUUGAUAGGUUGAACAAAAACUAUAAGAAUGCACAAUUUACCUACAUCAACAUUUACGACAUUACAUCAGCUAGAGUUUUUCCAGGUUUCAAGAAGAAUGAUGUUCCAUGCUGUGAUACAGACUACAAUGGAAUGUGUUACCCUAAGGCAACAAGAUGCAAGGCCCCCAAAGAAUACUUUUUCUGGGAUGGGUACCGCCCAACAGAGGCUGCAAACAUAAUCCUGGGGAGUCUCGCACUUAAUGCUUCUGUUCCAUCUCAAGCUUACCCUUAUAAUAUCCAACAAUUGAUUGCGAAGACUGCAAAGGACACAAAGAAUCACAUGGUGUGCGAGACAAGACGAUGGUGGGUUGUCUUCCUUUUUGUCUCGGUAGUAUCAGAAAAGAUAGAUUGGGCUGAUGCAGAACCUGAGGUGCCUUGUUUUUUCAUCUUUGGUGAUUCUUUGGCUGAUAAUGGCAACAAUAACAACCUUAACACUUUAGCCAAAGCUAAUUAUCCUCCCUAUGGGAUUGAUUAUGCUGACGGACCCACUGGAAGAUUCACUAAUGGUAGAAACACUGUUGAUAUCCUAGCUGACCUCCUUGGUUUUGAUCAUCAUAUUCCACCAUUUGCAACUGCUAAAGGUCAGAUCAUACUUCAAGGUGUGAACUAUGCGUCAGGAUCUGCAGGAAUUCUCCAGGAGACUGGGAAACAUUUGGGUCAGAAUAUGGACUUGGACCAGCAAAUAAAAAAUCAUCAGAUAACAAUCUCACGCAUGAUUAGCAUACUGGGGAACAAUGAAACUGCAGCUACGAAGCAAUUAAAUCGGUGCAUAUAUGGUGUCGGGAUGGGCAGUAAUGAUUAUAUUAACAACUACUUCCUGCCUGAAAAUUACCCAACAAGCAAAACCUUUUCCCUUGAUUCAUAUGCCAAAGCUCUCAUCAGCCAGUACUCCAAACAAUUAAUGGCUUUGUACAAUCAAGGAGCAAGAAAAAUCGCCCUGGCUGGAUUGGGAAAUAUAGGAUGCAUUCCACAUUCAACUGCUAUCCGUCGGAGAAAUGGCUCCUUAUGUGCAGACAUUAUGAACGAGGCGGUCCAUCUUUUUAACAAUCAGCUCGUAUCUCUCGUCCAGCAACUUAAUAGAAAUUUAUCCGAUGCAAAAUUCAUAUAUAUAAAUAGUACAAGUAUUGCAGCGGGUGACCCGACCACAGUUGGUUUCAGAAAUUUGACUUCAGGCUGCUGUGAAGCAAGACAGGAUGGACAAUGCAUUGAAAAUCAAGCACCCUGUCCCGACAGAAGAGUAUUUGUUUUCUGGGAUACUUUUCAUCCUACUGAAGCUUCAAAUUUAUUUACUGCAGGAAGAACAUACAAAUCUCUUAACUCUUCUGAUUGCUAUCCAUUUGAUCUUCAUAGUUUAGCUCAACUUGAUUUUGUUUGUUGUGGAAAUACCAGAAAAUAUACGAGCAGAGGUCUUAUAAACUAAACUUUGUAUAUUAUU